AUGUCUUCACAUUCUCAGAUUAAAUCUCACAAUAUCCACCUUUCUACUGAAAUACAAAAAAUAAUAAAUCCUAGGGAAGUGAUAUCACAAUCAAAUAUUGGUGGAGACAAUACUCAAUCUAUCAAUCACAUUACACAUUUUGUAGAAACUCCUAUUGUUACUUCUGAUAUACAGAUAAAGAGAAAAAAACUGAGAUCUAAGACUAAUCAAAUUUCUGACUCAUCUAAUAUUAUCGCCAGAGAGAGUCACACAGUGGAUAGUAAAGUUAAUACUACUAAAAUUAUAAUAAAAAAAGAUGACUUAUAUACUUUAAUUAAACAAGAUCAUAAAGAAACAGAAGAAUAUGAACGUGAAUCAGAAAGAAUUUUAGCCACGAAGUGA